AUGUUUGGAUUUCGAUUCGUAAGGAGGUUACUCAUUGAAUCGGUGGAUUGAGAAAAAAAUCCGUCGGUGGAAGGAGAGACAGUUUGAUAAACCAUGAAACUAUUACCAACCACACCGUUGGAACAAGUAGAACAGCGUGCACUUUCUUUGUUCAAAAGCACUUUUCCUGAAUCUGGACAUCCCCAAAUCAUCGCACACGCACCAGGUCGUGUUAACCUUAUUGGAGAACAUACCGACUACAAUGAUGGUUUUGUGUUACCACUUGCACUCGAGAUGCAGACAGUCAUAGUGGGAAGCAGGAAUGGAAAGGACACUUGUCGCGUUGCGUCAGAGGCUUUUGAAGGAUUGGUUUCGUUUAAACCAAAUAAAGAUCUGAAACCAGGAGAUCCCCUCUGGUCUAACUAUAUCAAAGGAGUAGUUGUCAAUUUUUUGCGCAGUGGUUAUGAAGUUCCAGCCUUUGAUGCUGUCGUAGUUUCAGAGGUUCCUGUCGGUGGUGGAGUUAGUAGUUCUGCUUCUCUCGAAGUCGCUAUUGCUACUUUCAUAGAGGCAAUAGGAAAUUAUCAUCUAGAACCUUCUAAAAAGGCCCUAUUUGGACAGGCUGCUGAACACGAAUUUGCAAAUAUGCCUUGUGGUAUAAUGGACCAGCUAAUAUCCGAAUGUGCUAUACAAGAUUGCGCUUUAUUAAUUGAUUGUCGCUCACUUGCUUUUGAGCCAGUUGAAGUGAAAGAUCCCGAUACUUGUAUUUUAGUUUGUAAUUCCAACAUCAAACAUCAAUUGAGUGGUUCAGAAUACCCUCUGAGGAAGCAACAAUGCAAAGAUGCUUUAACUGUUUUGCAAUCACUUGAUUCGAAGAUAACUAGUCUUAGAGAUGCGAAUCUGGAACAAUUGAAUCAAGUGAAGGACAAUAUGAGUGAAGUUGCCUAUCGACGUGCACGUCAUGUUAUUUCAGAAAAUGAUCGGACACUUGAAGCAGCCGAAUGUCUGAGAAAGAAUAAAUAUGAAACGGCUGGCAAGCUGAUGAAUGAGAGUCACUUUAGUCUGAAGAAUGACUAUGAAGUUAGUUGUAAGGAACUGGACUUAUUGGUGGACCUUGCAAGUAGUGUUCCUGGUGUAUAUGGUAGUCGAAUGACUGGUGGUGGAUUUGGUGGUUGUACCGUUACUUUAUUAAAGAGAAGUUCAUUAUCAUCUUUGUUGGAAAAGUUUGAGAAAGAGUAUGAGAAGCAUACGGGAAUAGCAGCAACUGCCUUUGUAACACGUCCAGGUUCAGGUGCCGGCUAUAAAAAGUUACAGUAAAGAAUACGGAGCUACUCAAAUGUUACAAGUCGCCAUGGAACACAGAGAUAUGGCUUUCAUACUCUUCUCCCGUAUCUCUUCAUUCACAUGGCAAGAAUAAAAUGGAUUGCUCAUUUCAUAAUUCCUAGUUGGAAGAUUGUACCUGACUUGGAUUCGCUGUGAGCAAAUAAUAAACUUUGUGACAAAAACAUGGUUCAUC